AUGUCGACAUUCGAACCGGUCAUCGUCAUCGACGGCAAGGGGCACCUUCUCGGUCGCCUGGCCUCUACGGUCGCCAAGCAGCUGCUCAACGGCCAGAAGAUCGUCGUUGUGCGAUGCGAGGCCUUGAACAUCUCCGGCGAGUUCUUCCGCGCGAAGCUAAAGUACCAGGCUUUCAUGCGCAAGCAGACCAGGUUCAACCCCACUCGUGGUGGUCCCUUCCACUUCCGCGCUCCCUCCAAGAUGUUCUGGCGCACCGUUCGUGGCAUGAUCCCUCACAAGACUGCCCGCGGUAACGCCGCCAUGGAGCGUCUCAAGACCUUCGAGGGUAUCCCUCCCCCUUACGACAAGAAGAAGCGCGUCGUCGUUCCCCAGGCCCUCCGUGUCCUGAGGUUGAAGCCCGGCCGCAAGUACUGCACCGUCGGUCGUCUCGGCCACGAGUUCGGCUGGAAGUACCAGGACGUCGUCUCUCGCCUUGAGGAGCGCAGGAAAGUCAAGGGUGCCGCAUACUACGAGCGCAAGAAGGCCGCUCGCAGGCAGUUGGCUGAGGCCCAGAAGACCGCCAACGUUGACGGCAAGACCAAGGAGCAGCUCACCUCCCUCGGCUACUAG